UUAUUGAUAGAAAUAAAAUCGGUUACGUAAGGUUCAAACAUUUAAAACAAAACAUGUCCGAUAUCUCCAAAGGAAAAAAAUUCUCAUAAUUUUCUCAAGAAAGAGAGAGAAAAAAAAAAAACUUGUUUUAGAGACAUGAGAGGUGUACCAAAUUUCUACCAUUCUUACACCUUCUUGUUCUUCUUCUUCUUCGUCUUAAUUCUGUUCCCUGCUUUCUCUAUCUCUGCCAACACUUUGUCGGCUACAGAAUCUCUAACUAUCUCAAGCAACAACACCAUUGUGUCUCCUGGUAAUGUCUUCGAGCUUGGUUUCUUCAAGCCCGGUUCAAAUUCUCGUUGGUAUCUCGGGAUUUGGUACAAGACAAUCUCUAAGAGGACCUACGUAUGGGUUGCAAACAGAGACACUCCUCUCUCUAGUUCCAUUGGAACUCUCAAAAUCUCCGACAAUAAUAAUCUCGUCGUUUUGGAUCAGUCUGAUACACCAGUUUGGUCGACCAAUCUGACCGGAGGAGAUGUGAGAUCUCCACUGGUGGCAGAGCUUCUUGAUAAUGGUAAUUUUGUGCUUAGAGACUCCAAGAACAACAGUCCAGAUGGAGUUUUGUGGCAGAGUUUUGAUUUUCCUACAGAUACUUUACUUCCGGAGAUGAAACUGGGUUGGGAUCUCAAAACCGGGUUCAACAGAUUCAUUAGAUCAUGGAAAUCUCCAGAUGAUCCAUCAAGCGGCGAUUUCUGGUUUAAACUUGAAGCUGAAGGCUUCCCUGAGGUUUUUCUAUGGAACGAGAAUCACGAGUGUACCGGAGCGGUCCAUGGAAUGGAAUCCGGUUUAGUGGUGUACCGGAUGCAACCAUUUGAAUACAUGGUUUUCAAUUUCACAACGAGUAGAGAAGAAGUGACUUACUCAUUUCGAGUCACUAAAAGCGAUAUUUACUCGAGGUUAAGCCUAAGCUCAACGGGAUUGUUACAAAGAUUCACUUGGAUUCAGACAGCACAAAAUUGGAACCAAUUCUGGUACGCACCAAAAGACCAAUGCGAUGAUUACAAAGAGUGUGGGGUUUACGGUUAUUGCGAUUCAAACACUUCACCGGUUUGUAAUUGUAUUAAAGGGUUUAAGCCAAAGAAUCCGCAAGUGUGGGGGUUGAGAGAUGGGUCAGAUGGGUGUGUGCGAAAGACGGUGCUGAGCUGCGGUGGCGGAGAUGGGUUUGUGCGGUUGAAGAAGAUGAAAUUGCCGGAUACUACGACGGCUAGUGUAGACAGAGGAAUUGGUGUUAAAGAAUGUGAACAGAAAUGUUUAAAAGAUUGUAACUGCACGGCGUUUGCGAAUACGGAUAUUCGUGGUGGCGGGUCGGGUUGUGUGACUUGGACUGGCGAGCUUUUUGAUAUCAGGAAUUAUGCUAAAGGAGGUCAAGAUCUUUACAUUAGAUUGGCUGCUACUGAUCUCGAGGACAAAAGAAACAGAAGUGCAAAAAUCAUUGGUUCAAGUAUUGGAGUGAGCGUUUUGAUUCUUUUAAGCUUCAUUAUCUUCUUCUUGUGGAAAAAGAAGCAGAAGCGAUCAAUACUAAUUGAAACAGCUACUGUUGAUCAAGUGAGAAGCCGAGAUUUGCUAAUGAACGAAGUGGUAAUAUCAAGUAGGAGACACAUAUCUAGAGAAAACAAUACAGACGAUCUCGAAUUGCCAUUGAUGGAGUUUGAAGAAGUUGCCAUGGCCACAGACAAUUUUUCUACUGUCAACAAGCUUGGACAAGGUGGUUUUGGAAUAGUUUAUAAGGGAAGGUUGCUUGAUGGUCAAGAAAUCGCGGUGAAGAGAUUAUCAAAGACGUCAGUUCAGGGGACUGAUGAGUUCAAGAAUGAGGUGAAAUUGAUUGCAAGGCUUCAGCACAUAAACCUUGUUCGGCUUCUUGCAUGUUGCGUCGAUGCGGGUGAGAAGAUGUUGAUUUACGAGUACUUGGAAAAUCGAAGCCUCGACUCUCAUUUGUUUGACAAAUCCCGAAGCUCUAAGCUAAAUUGGCAAAUGAGAUUUGAUAUCAUCAAUGGUAUUGCUAGAGGACUUUUAUAUCUUCACCAAGAUUCACGGUUUAGAAUUAUCCAUAGGGACUUGAAAGCAAGUAACGUCUUGCUUGAUAAAUAUAUGACUCCAAAGAUCUCGGAUUUUGGAAUGGCUAGGAUCUUUGGACGGGAUGAAACAGAAGCUAGUACGAGGAAGGUGGUCGGAACCUACGGUUAUAUGUCUCCUGAAUAUGCAAUGGACGGGAUAUUCUCGAUGAAGUCGGAUGUUUUCAGCUUUGGGGUCUUGCUUCUUGAGAUAAUAAGUGGCAAGAGGAACAAAGGAUUCUACAAUUCUGACCGUGACCUUAAUCUUCUCGGUUGUGUGUGGAGGAAUUGGAAAGAAGGAAAAGGGCUAGAAAUCAUAGAUCCAAUCAUCACAGAUUCUUCAUCACCGUUCAUGCAACAUGAAAUCUUAAGAUGCAUACAAAUUGGUCUCUUGUGUGUUCAAGAACGUGCAGAGGAUAGACCAAUGAUGUCCUCAAUGGUUUUGAUGCUCGGAAGCGAAACAACGUCUAUUCCUCCGCCUAAACCGCCCGAUUAUUGUGUCGGGAGAAGUCCUCUUGAGACUGAUUCUUCGUCGAGUAAAAAGCGUGACGAUGAAUCUUGGACAGUGAACCAAAUCACUGUCUCAGUCCUUGAUGCCCGAUAAUUUGAAAGUUACCGAGCCAAUCUGUUUAUAUGCAUAUAAUAUUUCUAUGUAAGUUUUAAUAGCAAAGUUUACCAUAUGAAUCGGUUUUUUCUUGCAAAAUUUACUUUUUAUCAUUAAGGAAACUUGCUUCUCCA